CACGAGAGCAGGAGGGGGAUUUCCAGCUCGAGCCCCCACUUCCCGAAGCAGCCGUUGUUUUGCUUUCGGUCUGGACACAGAAACACAAAUAAACGACGGCCGCCGUUUCCUCUUGUUUCACUCCUCGAAAACCGCAAACAACUUCAACUUGUCCGUCUGCAGCGGCGCGUGUUAUUGUGACAGCGGCACCGUGAAGGCUUACAGGCCGUCCAAACUGAGCAGGACACAAUGCCAGUAGAGAGAAUGAGGAUGCGACCUUGGCUUGAGGAACAGAUCGAUUCCUGUCAGAUACCAGGACUCAAAUGGGUUAACAAAGAAAAGCGAAUCUUCCAGAUCCCGUGGAUGCAUGCUGCGCGUCAUGGCUGGGACCUGGCGAAAGACGCUCCGCUCUUCAUGAGAUGGGCCAUACAUACUGGUAAAUUCCAGCUGGGCAUAGAUCGUCCCGAUCCGAAAACGUGGAAGGCCAACUUCCGCUGUGCCAUGAACAGCCUGCCGGACAUCGAGGAGGUGAAGGACAAGAGCAUCAAAAAGGGAACGAAUGCCUUCAGAGUCUACAAGAUGCUCUCCUCCUCGGAGAGGAGCAUGAAGAAAGGAAAGAAGAAAACGGACAAGGAGGGGAAGCCCAAAGCAACUAAAGAGUCUUCACAGCAGGCAGCGUCUCCGUCGCCAGACAGGACUCCUCCCGACACUCACGUGGGAGCCAUUGACUACACCAUGCAGGACAUCUUCAAAACGGAAGUGAUCAAAGAGGAGCCGCGAGAGUUCACCAUGACGGACAGCGCCUCAGCCAUUCACAGCUCAGUAGAAGACGACGUGAUGAGCGGCGAGCAGCUGCCAUUUGUCUGUCAAACCAUCGAAGUGACCACUGAGAACGAAGAGCAGACUGUGAGCUCCUCCCACUCGUACCCGCUCCAGAUCUCUCCUGUGUCUUCAUGCGGCGGGAGCGACACAGACAGCGACACAGAAGACACCAAAGACGUCGGCGCAGGCUGGGGGCGGGACUACAGCACAUCAGUCCUCAGGCUACCCACGUGUCCUCUGCCCGGCAUGGCCAGCUUCGUCAGCGCCAGCAAGCCCAACUUCCGGGUGACCAGCACGCGAGACCCGGAGCCGCUCAUCAGCUACCACACCGACGGCUGGCUGCCGGACUACGGCCAGAACUCUCACGCGUCGGCCGAGGCCAGCCACGCGCACGAGAUGCGCGCCAGUGUCAUCAUGAAAACCUCGGACGUGGCUCCCUCCUGACCUCUGACCCCCGGACGAGGGCGUGUCAGCGCCGCUUCCAGGGCAUAGGAACGACAGAACACGAGAUACUGAUAUCAGAGAAACUGAUGUGCAGCCCGACGAGCUUCAGAUAUCUUUUGAUAUAAUUGAAGCGUCUGUCGAAGCGACGGAGUCUCCCCGUCGUCCGACUGGCGUCGACCUCAACGUUUAUUGUUCCGCACCCGUUUGGCUGCGGAGGGUGUGCGUGAUGCACGCGUGUGCGAGCGUAGGAUCAUGUGGAAUUCACGGUCGCACCACCCGCGUUUUGGACCCGACACUUAAAUUAUGCCCGAUGAAAGAAAUGUGCCACAUUUAUGUAAAUGAAAGAAAAGUGGCUUUUAGUUAUUAUUAUGAGUCGUGGAGGUUUGAAACGACAUCCUCUCACCCAUCUGCUGUUUUUAGUCGUGUCCAGUCUCCGGUCAAACGAACGGCUCCUCAAAGGAAGUUUGUUUCGUUUGAUUUUUUUACAAAUCUCCCGUCCUAAAAGGAACAGAUCGGCUGCCGUCUAAAGAGUGCUGUGAGCAGCAGCAGCGGCGGGAGACUGACAAUCAAUCCUGGAGCCCUGAUUGGCCCCCUGCAGUGGAGAGAAGGCGGGUGUGUGCGUGAGUGCGUGCAUGUGUGUGUGUGUGUGUGUGUGUCUGCAGAACCUCAGGACAAUGUAAUCCGCCAACAGGCAGACGGAGCGAAUGACGGACGCACAGACUGAACGAUGCACUCACGUGUUCUCCUUCAUCCUCGGCCUCCUGCCGUUCAUAAUUUACAAAGCUCAUAUGUAUGUGUAGCUUCAGCACCUUAGAGAGAGAGAGAGAGAGAGAGCACAGACGAGCAGGAGGCUUUCAGGGAUCGAGUUUGUGGCACUUAAGCGCAGAGGAGUCUUUGUGCGCACUCUGUACGAGUCUCGUGUGUGUGUGUGUGUGUGUCGGAGUGUUUGUGCGGAAGCUCACUGGGUCUUGAGGAAGGAGACUGAAUCUCAAGGUUCCAGACGUUGUAACUUGAGGAACGGUCGCGCUGCUCAUUUAAAGGGAAUGUCUCGCGGCGACGGCGUGGAACAGGAGCGUCUGGUUUUGAGGGGACGUCGUCAGCCGAGAGCCCGGUUCUGUCGUUUCCCUUUUUGUUGUUCACAGUCCGAUCUCUCGGCUCAGAACUUCCCCCGUUUCCCAGUCGACUGACGCACGAGUCUUCCCUUUUGGUUUGUUCUCAUCCUCUCCAGCUCAGGGCCCCUCGCCUCAACCGGGACGACUUUAAAGAUAUGCGAUGUUCUUUCGAGGCCUUGAACUCAACCGUGUGCACAGAACGAUGAACUUCGGGCACAACGUGGAAAGCCGACCGUCUGUUUGUACGAGGUAUUAUCAGAGCAGGCUGGCCGGUUUUUAAUAUUGCUCAGCGACAUAUGAAUUUAUUCCAAAAAAAGAGAUAUGAACCGCGUGUCAAGUUAUGACUUCUGAGGGCAUCAGAAACGCGACUCGUGUGAGCAGCUAGCGGGCUAAAGGCGCAGUCCUCGCUCCGCCUCCCCGCAGAGCUCCAAACAGGAAGUUCCUGCAGGAAAAGCCAACGGGGCGAAUAGGAAUCUGGCGCGGUUUUUCGAACCGAACCACGAGAGAGACGCACACCGGACGCACAUCACUGUUUCAGAGACGCGUCGGAAUCUCGCUCGAUGGACGCUUCCCUCCCUGUGCCUUGGGAUUUGUUUUAGUCCACGUGGUUCCACUCUCUCCUUCGAUCGUGAUGUCAACGUCUGCCUUUUAUAUAUAUAUUUUUUUCCUUUUUUCUCUUCUUCUUUUCAACCCAUGCGGUUUAAGUCUUGGCCAACGUUGUCAUGGUGAUCGCAUCCUCCCUGAAGCUGGAUAUUUUAGAUAUUUGCACAACUCGUAGGUCGUGAAGCUCAACGGGCCUGAUGACCGGGCGUUGCUCCGCACACACGGCAGCCCCCCCCCCCCCACUUAUCGGGCCUUUUAACGCGGCGGCACGGGGCCGCAGAACGCAAGGAAUCACUCAAGUGCACUUACAAGUAGAGUCCGUAUAUGGGACGUCGUUUUCGCCAAAGAUUGGAUGUCGACAAUACAUAUAUAUAUAUAUGAAUGUUUUCAGGGGGGGGGGGGGCUUUUUGCUUUCUUCAAAUCAGUGCCCAGUGGAAGCCGAGGUGCGUCUCCGAGGAAAACGUCAAAGAAGAGAACCCGCGACGACGCCACUGUUUGUCCGUCUGUCUGUACGACUUGUGAAUCCACAUGUACAUCUGAAUAAAGACUGGGUUUUUUAUUUAUUCUGAGGCGUCUGGGCUUUAGGGCGUUUUUUAUGCGCUGCUCCAAGAUCAGAGUCCACCUUUUUUAUGGCUCGCGAGAUUUCUCGUGAACUUCCGUUGAGGAAGCGAAAAAGGUUGGAAGGUGUGUUUCUUUACCGGAAUAAAAAACAGAACGGGGCGAAAGCUCGGCUCGAUCGAGAAAAAUAAGUCUUGUUGCCGAGGUGUGCGAGUUACUGCGUGUAGCGGCGGCAAAGAAGACGAAAGAGCCGUGUGUGUGUGUGAUCUGAGGGGGAAACACUCAUUUUGUGGUUCAGCAUCUUUUCAGAGCGGAUGUCUCCUCGUUACACACACACACACACACACACAGCUCAUUCCGGUUGAACCGAAACACUCGGCUGCCGCUUCAGUUUCAGUUGCUGUUUCUCGCUCCACUUCCUGUUUGCCUCCGAGGACCUCCACGGACGGCCCACCAGUUGCCUUGACAACUGGCGAGCCUCCUGCCGUUAGUCGUGGCGCACAGUGUGUGUGUGUGUUCGCGGGUCUCGUGUCUGCCGCGUUGUGUGCGUCCACAGGCCUCCUAUUUUCACAUCUGCACCACAAACCUUCAGUCUCCUCAGAAAGUCCCCUCUCUUCUUUCUAUUCCCAGUCCUCCCAACGUUGGUCCUCCUUUAAGAACGAGCACUUCUCACUGGACAAUGUCACAGUUGAUGGCCGUGUCAUUAUGCAACGGCGUUGCGCAAUGACAAUAAAUCAACGUUGAACCUUGAAUUAUCUUGACAGCGAGCUCAAGUUCAACCCGUUGCUGUCAUGUUCAACACCGUCACAAAAACACGCCGAGAGGACAAAUGUAGCCACAUAUAUGAUUUACAGGGUUUCGUACGGUCAUGGAAAACCUGGAAAAGUCAUGGAAUUUUAAAAUGGUAAUUUCCAGGCCUGGAAAAGUUAUACUUGAAUCACAAAAGUUUUGGAAAAGUCAUGGAAAUUUGUUAUAUUCACAUGUUCAUUUACGUCGAGUUUAAAAUAAUUCAUAUGUUUUUGAAAGGAAGACUCAAAUUAUAAGCAGUCAUACGCCAAGUCCAAACAGAUGGAUUUGCACAUAAAGGAUAAUAGUUUGAUUAAAAGAAUAAACAUUUAUAUAAGUGUUUCUAAGAAUAAACAUGUAUAGUAAUGUUUAUUCUUUUAAUCAAACUAUUGUCUCAUUUGUUUCAUUUAAGGUAUAUUGUAUGCUUUGUAAUUCUCAUUGUUUGAAUACUACAUUUUCAAAAGGUUUUCAUGUACACACCGAGAUUUCAGUUUGGUCAUAGAAAUUUGGUUGAAAGUCAUGGAAAAGUCCUGGAAUCCCAUUAGUCAACAUGUGUACGAACCCUGGAUUUAGUCAUCAGGUAAAUGUCCUGCAAACAGCUGGUAGUCGGCUCUGCAGUGGCGCCUCACUCCUGCCAUCUUGUGUCCAAAAAGUAAACUUGCAGCUUUAUUUAUGUUGGAUGUUGAAUUGUUUGUGUGUGUGUAUACAGGGUUUUUCCUGGGUCAAAAUGGGUCUUCGGUGCUCCCAACAUUUUUUUUUUGCGCGCUGUGCGCGAACGGUCUAUGUUGCCGUUUCACCGUAGCAGACAUCUAUGUAUUUUUCCCCCCCCCCCCAUAAAUUAUGGAAGCAAUGCUUGAGGAAAUCAUUUUGCUAAAAUAGAUAGGCUAAUAAAUUGACAAUUAGAGAUGCACCGAUCAGGUUUUUUGGUGCCGAUCACUGAAAUCAGUAUCUGCCGAUCCGAUAAUACCGAUCACGGUGUCGAUUGAAGCAUUCUAUUUAUUGUGUAGCAUUAUUGCCUAGGACUAUGAGGAAAUACAUAUAUAAAGCACCUCAAACAUUAAAGAAAUUACAGAUUUCUUUAAACUUUUAGGACUUUUACUUUGAAAAACUUCCAAAUUGAUACAUUAAAGUUGUUUGAUUGCUAUUGUAGGGGAUUUCAGAUAUGUAUGGAACACAUCUGCAUUAUUCAUUUCCUGGAACUCUUGGGGAAAUCUAUUUACAGGACUUUUUUAACAUACAAAAGUCUGACUUAUUUUUAUAAACUCUUCCUUGGUACAGUAAACAUGUUUUAAUGUUAGCAUAAUUUAAGCUAAAUCUCAGAAACGAUCUCUAAAGAUACAAAAUCAGUUCAUUGUUUACUUUUAUAUGUUCGUGUAUGAUUUGUCGACAUCUUAUUUUGAUAAACGGAUGUUGUUUCACGUG